ACGAAGAGAGACGGAGAGCUCGUAUAGGAACUUGCACUGUCAGCGACUCAGAGCUUUUUCAAUAAAAAUAUUAAGACAAUGGCAGCAGAAACCCAGACACUUAACUUUGGACCUGAAUGGCUCCGUGCUUUGUCAGGUGGUGGCACCGUUACUUCUCCCCCACUCUCCCCAGCAUUGCCAAAGUACAAGUUAGCAGACUAUCGUUACGGAAGAGAAGAAAUGUUAGCACUUUAUGUAAAGGAUAUUAAGAUUCCUUCAGACCUGCAAGAUAAAGAAUUUGUUCCUAUUUUACAAGAGGAGCCCCUGCCACCACUGGCACUUGCACCUUUUACAGAAGAAGAACAGAGAAAUUUUUCAUUGUCUGUAAACAGUGCAGCUGUUCUGAGAUUAACAGGAAGAGGAGGAGGAACAGUGGCAGGGGCACCAAGAGGUCGAAGUUCCUCAAGAGGUAGAGGUCGGGGACGAGGUGAAAGUGGGUUUUACCAAAGAAGUUUUGAUGAGGUGGAAGUUGGAUUUGGUCGUGGAGGCAGAGAGAUGCACAGAUCUCAAAGCUGGGAGGAAAGAGGAGACCGGAGGUUUGAAAAACCGGGUCGAAAAGAUCCAGCAAGAUCAAAUUUUGAAGAUGGUGGAUCAGCUGUACCUCGGAAGCAUGAAUUCACACGAUCUGAAAGUGAGAACUGGAGGAUGUCUCGAGAAGAGCAGAAUGGUGAGGACGAUGAGGGAGGAUGGCGUUUGGCAGGUGCGCGGCGGGAUGUUGACAGGUGGCAGUGCCAAAGCCCAGAUGGGCCCCGUUCAGCUGGCUGGCGAGACAUUCCAGAUCAGCGACGCCGUUUUGUGUUUGAGUCUCGUGAAGAUGAGAGAGGUUAUCGCCGUGUUCGUUCAGGCAGUGGCAACAUGGAAGAUGAAAAGAAUAGUCUUCCAGAAUGGUGCCUUGAAGAUGCAGAGGAGGAAAUGGGGACAUUUGACUCUUCUGGGGCAUUUCUAUCUCUCAAGAAGGCCCCCAAGGAGCCAAUCCCAGAAGAACAAGAGCUUGAAUUUAGGCCAUCUGAAGAUGAUGGUGACCAUUCUGAAUAUGAAGAUGGUGAACUGGAAGAGACAAAAGAGCCUGAUAAGGUAUCACAAAAGGAAACUGCUCCAGUUGAAGUGGAAUCUUCACAAGAAGAUGAUACCACACCACCUACACUGUCUUCCUCUCCUUCUAUAAUAGAAUCUCAGGUUGUGGAACCAGUGUUACAGACCCAGGCAGAAGAAAGUGUCAUUGAGACUGUGCAGAAAUCAGAGAGCUUAAAGCUAGCACACACUAUCCCUGUUUCUGCUAGCAUAAUUAAUGAAGAUGUUUCACUUUCCAUCUCCCAACAAAAUCUAUCAGUGGCAGCUAUGAAUUCUUCAGAACUGACCUCAUAUCCCGCAGGUAUUGCUUUAUCAUCUACAAGUAUAUCCUCCCCACCCGAAGUUGAUGAUGAUGAAGGGUUGAAACACCUUGAGCAAGAAGCAGAAAAGAUGGUAGCAUACCUUCAGGAUAAUGCCCCUGAUGAUGAUAGGCUUUCAGAUAAGAGUCUUGACCAAAGAGGGAAACCUCCUGUACUUCCCCUUACCCUUGAGGUAUCCUUAAAGUGGUAUUACAAGGAUCCUCAGGGAGAGAUACAAGGCCCCUUUUCCAACCAAGAAAUGGCUGAGUGGUUCCAGGCGGGGUACUUUACUAUGACUCUCCUGGUGAAAAGGGGAUGUGAUGAGAUCUUUCAGCCACUUGGAGAGGUCAUUAAGAUGUGGGGAAGAGUUCCUUUUGCUCCAGGGCCUUCCCCACCUCCUAUAUUGGGUGAUCUGGACCAGGAAAGGUUGAAGAGGCAACAGGAAUUAACUGCCCUUAACCUCUAUCAGUUGCAGCAGCUUCAGUAUCAAUACCUGUUACGGCAACAGUAUGCCCAGGCCUUGGCACAGCAGCAGAAAGCUACUUUGAACAAUCCCCAGCCAUCACAACAGCAACUUAGUCUACUUCUGCAGCAGUACCAAGCCCUGAAAUUAAGAACAUCAGAACAAAAUUUGGUUCCACCUGUUACAAGAUCUAUGUCAGUGCCUGAUGCAGGAUCCAUCUGGGAAUUACAAACACCAUCGACCCAAUCAUCAGCUUGGGAUGGCAGCAGUGUUUGGGAUUUACCUAUUGACUCCACAACUCCACCUUCUGCUCUAGAACAAAUUAAGCAACUAGAAAAAUUAAAGACUGCCAAGCUGGAUCAAGAAAGAAGAGAUGCUGAGCUUAGAGCAAAAAGGGAGGAAGAGGAGAGGGAAAGAAAGAGACAAGAUGAAGUACUAAGGAGGCAACAGGAAGAAGAGAUGAGGUCUAGAGAGGAGGAAGAACUAGCACGGCGUAAACAAGAAGAAGCUCUAAGACGCCAAAGAGAACAAGAAGCUAUACUACAAAGACAAAGGGAAGAAGAAGCAGCCUUGAAGCAGCAAAGAGAGGAGGAGGAAAGGCAACAGCAAGAGGAGGCACUAAGGCGAGAAGAAGAAAGGAGGAGACAUGAAGAAGAAGAAAGGCAUCAAAGAGAAGAGCUACUUCGAAAACAGCAGGAAGAAGAGAGGAGAAAACAAGAGGAGGAGGCUGCUCGGUGGCAACGGGAGAAGGCUGAGGCAUUGAGAAGGCUAGAAGAAGAGAAGCGCAUUGAAGAGGAGACUGCUGCCAGACAGAAACUUGAAGAACAGGAGCGGAAACGCAAGGAAGCAGAGUUACAGAGACUGAAAGAAAGUCAGAGGCAGCAGGAAGCCCAAAAGCAACAGGAGUUACAGAGACAGCAAGAGCUUAUUAGACAGAGACAACAACAGCAGGAAGCUCUGCGAAGAUUGCAGCAGCAGCAACAGCAGCAGCAGUUGGCACAAAUGAAGCUACCAUCAACUUCAAAGUGGGGUCAACAAUCCAAUUCAGUCUUAUCUCAGACUCAAAACACACUGUCAUUGGCUGAAAUUCAGAAGAUGGAAGAAGAAAGAGAACGUCAAGUUAGGGAGGAGCAACGACGGCAGCAGCAAGAACUAGUGAAAGUUUUGCAGCAGCAGCAGCAGCAACAAGCAAAGCUGUCUGGCUGGGGUAAUAUGGCUAAGCAGCAGACUACUACAAAGUCCCUUCUAGAAAUUCAGCAGGAAGAAGCAAGACAAAUGCAGAAGCAACAACAGACUCCACAACAGAACCGAACUCAGAAUAAAGCACAUUCCUCUUUGCCCAGUAGCAUCAGCAACAAUGUUUGGGGCUCAGUGAGUAGCAGCAGUAACAGCCAGUGGAGCAGCACAGACAUGAGCAGUAUCUGGGGAAACACUAACAGCAAAAACUCCACUGUGGGCUUCUGGGAUGAGGCUGUGAAGGAAGUUGUGCCUACUGCUCGUAGCACAUCAGCCAAAAAUAAGAACAAUGCAAACCAUAGCAAUUCAUUAGGUGUUAGUGGUCGAUCCAAUAAAAAGGUGGAUGAGGAAGAGAAGCUCCUCAAGCUGUUCCAGGGAGUGAAUAAAGCACAGGAUGGGUUUACCAUAUGGUGUGAACAAAUGUUGCACAACCUCAAUACAGCCAACAACCUGGAUGUUCCUACAUUUGUUUCCUUCCUGAAAGAGGUAGACUCGCCGUAUGAAGUCCAUGACUAUGUCAGAGCAUACUUAGGGGAAACACUUGAGGCCAAGGAAUUUGCCAAGCACUUCUUGGAGCGUCGUGCCAAACAAAAAACUAACCAACAACGUCCAGUGCCGCAAAAACAGCAGCAGGAUUCUGUCUGGGGAGUCAACCAAAGUUCACUCACAUCUGUGUUUCCAUCUAAUAUCACUACCCUACAGCAGUCUAACUUUGAAACCGUACAGUCUGGCAAAAAAAAGAAAAAGCAGAAAAUGGUACGAGCUGACCCAAGUCUCCUAGGUUUUUCUGUGAAUGCAUCUUCAGAGCGCUUGAAUAUGGGUGAAAUUGAAACAGUGGAGGAUUAUUAAAGAAUGCUGAGCAGAAGAUCCAUGUCUCCAAUCGGGAGAGCUGCUGCUUUAUCCUAGUUGUCAAACUCAUUUAUUUAAACUGAAAUUCAGUUUUUUUCCCAUGUAAAAUCUAAGAAAAGCUUCUCCCCCACCCUGUCCUUUGGCUUUGAUUUAACUGAACACCGCCAACUUUCUGAUUAUUCAUAAAAAGACUGUCAAUAGUGACGAGAAACAUUUAAUAUGAUUGUCUCAUUAUGGUUUGAGCUGGUUCUGUCUCCCAACUUUGCCCUCCCAUACAGAGUGCCUGACUAUUAUUUCUCCCUGUGGUUGAGUGCAGACCAGCUGAAAAAUCAAAAGUAACACAUGCUGGGCAUGCAAUAAAACCUUCACUUUGACAAAUGAGUAUCACAAAAAAUAGCUCCACUUCCUCUAAAUAUUGGAAACUUUGCCACCAUCUGGCCACACUACUCCCAGAAUCUUAAAACAUAUUCCUUCCGUUCUUAGUUUAACAGGGUCUGGCUGUUAACAUAUUAAAGUGCCCUGUUUUAAGGGCAUGUUCAACAGUUCCUAGUAGUCUAUUGUAAAAUAUUAGCCUGUUUAAAGAAUAAACUUUAAAUUUCUGCAACUGUAA